GAGACAGAGAGAGAGAGAGAGAGAGAGAGAGAGAGAGAGAGAGAGAGAGAGAGAGAGAGACUACCUGAGGAUGAAGCUGGUGUUUGUUGUUACGUUAGCGCUCUUUGCGCUCAGCUCUGUGGAUAGAGUGGAUUCUUCAGCCUACGACAAGAUAGUGACACACAGCCGUAUCCGGGCCAGAAUCCAGGGGCCCAAUGUGUGUGCCCUACAGCAGGUGAUGGGCACUAAGAAGAAGUACUUCAGUACGUGUAGGAACUGGUACAAGGGUUCCAUCUGUGGGAAGAAGGCGGUGGUUUUGUAUGAGUGUUGUCCUGGCUACAUGAAGCUGGAAGGCAUGAAAGGAUGCCCUGCAGUGGCUCCUAUAGACAAUGUGUAUGGCACAUUGGGCCAGGUGAAGGCUAGUACCACCCAGGAGUAUUCUGACCUCUCUAAGCUGAGGGAGGAGAUCGAGGGGAAGGGAUCAUUCACCAUGUUCACCCCUAGCAACGAAGCCUGGGACCUGCUGGACCCUGAGGUGCGUGGUACCUUGGUGAGCAACGUCAACAUCCAGCUCUACAACACCCUGCACUAUCACAUGGUCAACCGACGCAUGCUAACCAAAGACCUGAAGAACGACAUGUCCAUCACCUCCAUGAACAACAACAUGGGACUCUACAUCAACCAUUACUCCAAUGGGAUCGUCACAGUGAACUGUGCCAGGAUUAUCCAUGGCAACCAGGUGGCAACCAAUGGGGUGGUCCAUGUCAUCGACCGUGUCAUCACCCCUGUGGGCAACACCAUCCAGAAUGUCCUGGAGGUCAAUGAAGACCUCUCCUCCUUCAGCGCUGUUGCCUUGGCCUCAGGUGUGAUGGAGAAGAUGGGCCAGCCAGGUCACUUCACCCUGUUUGCUCCCACCAACGAGGCUAUGGAGGACCUCGAGGCCAGCUUCCUGGAACGCAUCAUGGGAGACAAGGCUGUCAUCGCAGCCCUGGUGAACUACCACCUGUUAAACAGUGUGCAGUGCUCUGAGGCCAUCAUGGCUGGGUCUGUGUACGAGACAGUGGAGGGAAGCACCAUUGAGAUCGGCUGUGACGGAGACAGCCUGACCGUGAACGGCAUCAAGAUGGUCCUGAAGAAAGACAUUGUCACCUCCAACGGAGUCAUCCACCUCAUCGACAAGGUCCUCAUACCUGACUUAGCCAAGGAGGUGAUGGAGCUGGUUGGUGAAUCCCAGAGCACCUUCAGUGACAUGGUGUCAGAGCUCGGCCUGUCAGCUGCCAUGAAGCCAGAGACAGAGUACACCAUAUUGGCUCCCCUCAACCCUGCUUUCUCUGAUGAGGUGAUGUCUAUAGACCAGAGUGUGCUGAAGGUGAUCCUAGAGAACCACAUCCUGAAGUUAAAACACACACUGAGCGAGCUCUACAGCGGACAGCUGCUGGAGACCAUCUCUGGAAAACUACUGCGGGUCUUCAUCUACCGCACAGCUGUGUGUAUUGAGAAUGCCUGCAUGGUGCGGGGCAGUAAAGAGGGCAGCAACGGAGCUCUUCACCUGAUGAGUUCACUCAUAAAACCAGCUCAGACCACCAUCUUUGAAGUUCUCAUCGCUGAUGGACGCUUCAAAAUCUUCCUGUCUCUGAUGGAGAGUGCAGGUCUGACAGAGCUGUUGAAACAGGAGGGAUCCUACACCGUGUUCGCCCCAACAGACGAUGCCUUCGACGGGCUCACAGAACAGGACAUCACCCUACUCACCAGCGACGUGAACGCCCUGAGGACCAUUCUGCUGUACCACUUCAGUAACGGCGUCUUCAUCAACGGGGGACUGGAGGGAGGGGUCACCAACCUGCUCAAGACCAUCCAGGGACACAACCUGCAAGUGCUUUCUGUGAACAGCUCCAUCAAUGUGAACUCAGUGGACGUGCCAGAUGUUGACCUGAUGGCCACCAAUGGAGUGAUCCACGUAGUGAAGAACAUUCUUUACCCUGGGGACCUGCCUGUGGGUCGCGAGGACCUGUUGGUGCUUCUGAAGAGACUCAUCAAGUACAUCCAGAUCAAGUACGUCUCUGGAUUCUCCUACACCGAAAUCCCCCUCACCUUCAUCAAGAGGACAAUCACCACGACAACAACCCACAUCACAGUGGAAUCCGUGCCUGAAAUCACAAAAGUGACCAGAGUGAUUAAAGGAGAGCCAACAGUCACCAAGGUAACAAGGGUCAUCGAGGGCGAACCCACUAUCACCAAGGUAACCAGGGUCAUCGAGGGCGAACCCACUAUCACCAAGGUUACAAGAGUCGUUGAGGGCGAGCCAACCUUCACCAAGGUGACAAGGGUCAUCGAAACGGAACCCACUGUAACCAAGGUGGUUGUCGAGGGUGAGCCCACAUUCACUACAGUGACGAGGGUGAUCGAGGGAGAACCAAGCAUAACCAAGGUUACCAGGGUCAUCAAAGCACAGCCUUCCAUCACAAAGGUCACCAGAGUUAUAGAGACUCACAGUGGUUCCUCAGAUGGAGGGCUGGAGACUGACGGAGACAUUAAGAGGAUUAUGGAAGAAGAAGUGUCUAAGGUAAAGAAGUUUCUGGAGAGUGAGGUUCAUAUUCUCCAGGAGGAGGAGAUCAAGAAACUCAUAGAGGGAGGUGCAACCGGAUACACAACAGUCACCAAGUUCAUCGAGCCUCAGGUCAUUGAGGGCCCAGAUUUCGCUAAGAUCACCACCAUCCAUGGCAACCCGGAAAUGAUUGACCAAGAGUCAGAGAGGAUCACCAAACUAAUCCAAGAUGGAGGCAGUAGGGGUGCCCCGGCCAAAAGAUCUCCAGCUGGAGUUAGGAGGAGGAAGGCAAGGCUGGUGAGACGCCAUAACAACCGAAACUCACGCCCAGCCCUGACCCGUCCAAACCAGCUAAGACCAGUCCAGACCAGUUCAAGCCAGUAAAGACCAGUCCAGACCAGUCCAAGCCAGACCAGCCCUUCCAGAUCACAAUAGAGGCACUGCCAGGAACACACCAAGAUACCCAACAACAACACUUUCUAUGUUCCCGACACUUUUCCUACAUUAUAUGUUUUAAAAAUGCUAAGAGAAUCAGUUACCCUACAUGAUAUGUUGUAAAAAUGCUAAGAGAAUCAGUUACCCUACAUGAUAUGUUUUAACGAUGCUAAAAUAAUCAGUUACCCUACAUGUAAGUAAUAUAUGUAUGCAAGGAAAUUAACUUUUAAGAACUUUUAUGAACUUUUACUGUGGUGCAGAUGUGGUAGAACAUUUGAAAUAAUAUUUCUACCAUGGAAAGGAUAUGAUAUUUGUUUGUUUGUUUUUUGUUGAGUUUAAAUGAUGGCUUGAUCGGGAAGACAUUUUGUAUGCUUUAUUAUGGUGCUGGCAUUCUGUAUUAUGGAUUAAUCUUGACCAAUUGGAAUGAAGCAUUAUGUAUUAUAGAUGCAUCUCAACCAAUAGGAACUAAGCAUACUAUUACAAAUGCAUCUCAACCAAUAGGAACUGAGCAAUACUAAUGCUGUACAUUAUCUAAACUUAACAACCAACCAAAUGUUAUUGUUUUUUUACUUCUUAAAAAAUGAUCCCUGUUUCGAUAGUUUAAUUCUGUAUCUGAAUCGACUAUUUUCUGAUUUCCUGUUUUUGUUGGUUUGUGUUAUUGUUUGAGAUCUUUUAACAAGGCUUGUCGCUGUUAGAACUGUUGAUGUUAAGUUGUACAAUAAUGCCUACGCAAUCUACGCACCUUUUUACCUCUGUGUUGUUUUGGAAAUAAAUGUUCAAUAAACGUUACAGUUGAAUGUGAA